CGACCCUGUCGUGCCGCGCAAUUGGCCUGCUAUCGAUGCAAUUGUUGCUGGAAUCUCUGUCACUGCAAUUUAUCAGUGCUCGUGAGUUCCCACGUAUUUGGCGACACCACCAAGCUGACAGGUUUUGGUAUCUUGGCUUGACCGUUCCGGUAGAUGGUGAGUUGGAUGGGGAUGUUGUGCAUCAUAUAUGUGAGUCUUUCACGUCAGGCCCCCAUCAUGCCACCGACAUAACAAGGGAGGCUAUACGUGAGGGAGCUGAUGCGGUGAUUGCUGUUGGUGGUGAUGGAACGCUACACGAGCUCAUUCCGUUGGGAACUGGGUCAGACUUUGCCAGAACAUUAAGAUGGAAAAAUGGUCCUCAUGAUGCUAUCGAAUGCCUGGUUGAAGCGCGUUCAUCAGGAAGAAAAUCUAGGGUUGAUGUUGGGUUUAUCAGAGGAGAGAGUGGAGAACCACAUUACUUCAUCAACAUUGCUGAUAUUCAUUUAAGUGCAAAGGCUGGUAGUCAUGCAUCAAAGUACAAGAAAUUCGGAAACUUGUGCUAUGUUAUUGGUGCCUUGCAGGCUUUUUUUGGACACCGCAACCAUGAUCUUAGGAUCAAGGUUGAUGAUGGUGAGUGGGAAGUAUAUCCACAAGUGACUGCUCUAUGCAUAGGGAAUGCAAAAUACUUUGGGGGAGGAAUGAAAAUCACACCCAAUGCUAGCCCAACAAGUGGUAAUUUUGAGGUUGUUACUUUUCAGAAUUUCAAAUGGUAUGAUUUCAUCCUCAUACUACAUAAGCUGUACAAUGGAACACACCUAUCCGUCAAAAAUGUAAAUUCCAGAAGUGCUCGUUCAGUCGAAGUUGAGGAGGCGGGUAGCAGCGGCAGGAGUAUUUAUGUCCAGUGUGAUGGGGAGGUUUUGGGGUUCCUACCCAUGAAGCUUCACAUAUUACCGGGUGCCAUUGAAAUGAUAUGCUAAUGAUGAUGAAACACAGCACCUGCUGCACCAGCUUAUGAUGAAACUUGUUGAUUUCUUCAGCAUCCUAUCUAUAAGAAAGGCUGUAAUUUUCU